ACUGCGCAGACGCGUUUUGGGCAGGCAGAUAACGCACUAGGAGGAAAUUCACCCACCGCAUGACAUUUUCUUUAGGAUAUAGCGAUCGCAGAGCCUUUCGACGAGCUUUUUUUUUUUUCCCGACGGGGCGAUUAUGGCGACGCUGGGAUCGGAGCCCCGUCCUCAUUCGCACCUGACUUCUGCCGCAUUACAGACGAACCUGAGCGGACAGGGCUCCAACACGAACCUGCCUCUCAGCCGAGGCUUGGAGAGAGCUCUGGAGGAUGCGGCGAACUCUGGAUUUAUGAACCUCAGCUCAAGAAAACUGAAAGAAUUCCCUCGGACAGCAACAAAUUAUGACCUAACGGAUACGGUUGAAGCAGAUCUGUCGAAGAAUCGCUUGAUUGACAUCCCGUCAGAGGUGUGUCAUCUGGUCUCCCUGGAAACCCUGAAUCUUUAUCACAACUGCAUUAAAAGCAUUCCUGAUACCAUCAUCAGCCUUCAGUCCCUUACCUGCCUAAACAUUAGCCGGAACCAGCUGUCAGUGCUGCCAGCGUGUGUGUGUGGUCUUCCUCUGCGAGUGCUCAAUGCCAGCAAUAACAAACUCAACGCACUUCCAGAAAGCAUUGGCCAGCUCACCAAUCUCAUGGAGCUGGACGUAAGCUGUAAUGAAAUCACAGCUCUUCCACGCCACAUUGGCCAACUCAAAGCUCUGAGGGAACUCAAUGUGCACAGAAACCUUCUCUGUGUUCUACCAGAGGAUUUGGCAGAUUUACCCCUGGUCAAGUUUGAUUUCUCCUGUAAUAAGGUUUCUACUAUUCCUGUCUGCUAUCGAAAAAUGACCCAACUCCAAUCACUACACCUGGAGAUCAAUCCACUUCAGAGCCCUCCUGCACAGAUCUGCAUGAAGGGCAAGAUUCAUAUAUUUAAAUACCUCGCCAUGGAGGCGUGUCGUAGUGACAAGAUAGCCGAUGCCUUGUACCUUCCUGUCACGGACCGCCUCAGCUUGACCAGGCCGACCAAUGGGAGCACUGAGGACAUUGAUCAGCACAAGAAACUUGACAGUGACUCUGGGGUAGGCAGUGAUAAUGGAGACAAACGCCUUUCUGCUACAGAGCCUUCAGAUGAAGACAGUGUCAGCUUAAACGUGCCCAUGACCAACAUCACAGAGGAGGAGGGCUUGAGCAAGGACGACUCCAGUGAACACAUUAGCGCCCUGACAGCAGACAGAAGUCCGUCGGAAUCUCUUAAGGAACAUCUGGGUUAUCGAGACUCUACACUCAGCUCUCCGUUCGUCAACUACAUCAAAGGUCGAGGUGCUGACUUCGAUGAGCCCCUCAGGAUAGAGGAAGACACCAACUGGGCUUCAGAACAAACGUCAAAGGUCAAUAUGAUCAAUCAGCUAAAGGAAGCUGUGGAGAUGCUACAGGAUCCUAACAGGGUUAACAUGAACUCGGCUGAUCUCUCUGGUAUUAAGCUUUACCCCGUGGAAAUGGUUACAGUAGACGAGUCGCUCAAUGGCCAAGAGAGUGACGAGAGUCAGUCGACACUUAAGGCGGCUCCUGGAGAAUGCUGGGAGUUCCAGAGGAAGCGACAGUACAUUCUAGAACGGGCCCGGCUCGAGGCCCAGCUCGCAUGCCAACAGUAUGCCCUGCACAUGGCACAACAGGGUGACGUAAUUGGCCUGGAAGGAUCAUAUGAUAGUUGUGAGAACCAAGUUACAGAGCAGAAUGAAGACAAAACCCCAGUUUCCAGCCCCACACUGAGCUCACCCCCCUUUGGUCUGAAGCCCAGAUCAGCUUCGCCCUCUGUGCCAUGCUCGACUCGGCCCUGUCCCCUCCCACUUACACAGGCCCUGCCCACCGAUAGAGACACGCCCCCUAGCCCAGCUGAAGGAGACAUGCCAAGCAGUGUGUUUUUCAGGACGCAAAAGACUUUGGAAUCAGUGGAUCCUCAGUUCACCAUGAGGAGAAAGAUGGAGCAGCUCCGAGAGGAGCUGGAGCUCACAGAGCAACUACGAGAGAGCAUUGAGAGCCGACUGAAAGUAGCUCUUCCUGGAGAUCUGGGCUCCUCUCUCAUGGAUGGGGUCGUGCUUUGUCACUUAGUCAAUCACAUCCAGCCGCGUUCAGUGGCCAGUAUCCACGUACCAUCCCCUGCAGUGCCCAAGCUUAGCAUGGCUAAGUGUCGCAGAAAUGUUGAAAACUUUUUGGACGCCUGCAGGAAAAUGGGAGUCCCUCAGUCCUCUCUCUGUUCGGCUUAUGACGUUCUGCAGUGUAACCUGCGUCCACUCUGGGCCCUGGUCGCGGCCUUGGUCAUGUUGGAGAGCACAGGAACAAGGCAGAAGGAAGGAAAGGUGGAGGGUGGCAGGGAGAAAGAGACAGAGGUCAAGAAGCUUAUCCCCGAGUCCACUCAGACUCCACCUCCUUCCUGGCAAAUAUGGGAUCUGAUUGGCUCAAGUCUGCUGCACGUUUUCUGUCUGGUGAUGCUGUUUGUGGCCUACAGCUGGAGUGAAUUUAAAUAAUAUGUAUACACUAAAACACACAAAUAACACCAUUAUAUCAUUCAUUGUCUGAAAAAGCACAUUGAACGUCUUAAAAUGGACACUGCCUGUUUGUUUGUUUUUGUUUUUUGAAGGAAAAUAUGUAUCCCUGUCAGUUGGAGCUAGGGUGACCACCAUCAAACAAACCAAACGUGGGACGAUUAUAAGUUUGUGUGGGACAAUUUAGGACUUGUUACCAACACUAAAACAUAACUUAAAGGACAUGAAUUUUACAAUUAAGCCCUGUUUUAAGAUCAUUUCUGAUGAAAUAGAAUAAAUCUGAUGAAAUUGUUUUUUUUAGACAGGUGCUGCUGUCCCAAGAAUUUUCAGUUCCUGUGGUAGCAAAAAUCUUUAUUUUACAUGUCAUUUAAAUUCAACAUCACUGAGCCCAAAGGCAGCGGGCAUCAUGCAGAUAACUAUUUUAGAAACAGUUCUGACCAAGUCCAACAAAAAUCCAACAAAAUAAACAAUGAACAAAUAAAAUAUAAAACAACAUGAAAUUAGAUAGACAGUCUUAUAUGUAUAGGUAAAAACUAUGCUGCAAAAAGAAAAAAGGCAAAAGAACGCAUGCACGUUUUCUUAAUAUGAUAAUUAAAAACCAAUAGACUGAUGAAAAUGUGGGACAUUUCCUCAAUAUGCAUCGUGCGGGACAAGGAGUGAAAAUGCUGUGCGGUACAACGCAAAGCGGGAUGGGUGGUCACCCUAGUUGGAGCAAAUUUUAUUUGUAAAAAACGUAUAUAUCUUAACUUGGCUAUGGUGAAACCAUACAUACUGUAACACAAAACAUUUUUGUAAUACAACAUGUGCUCCUUAAUACAGGAACUUGAUGAUUUCAUGUUUGAAGAAAUAUUAUUUAUUAGUUUGCGAAUAUAAUAUUUAUAAGUCUUUGCAAAAUGCUGAGGAAGCCAUCUUUAAACAGACUCUUUGCUAACAUGUACGCUAGAGGUGCACUGAGCACUUUAAUAAGGAAUGACAUAUGGCCACGUUCUCACUCACUUUCAGUCUCUAAAUCUUGUUGCAGAAACACUUAAAAAUGAAGGUUCUCUAUUGGUUCCAUGAAGAACCUUUAACAUGAAGAACCUUUAACUUUUUUUAUUCCACAAAAUGUUCUUUAUGGUGGACAAAUGUUCUUUAGAUUAUAUAAAAUGUUCAUCACACCGAGAAAAAAAAAGGUACUUUUCUAAGAAUUGAUUUAAAGAACCCAAAAUGUUGAUCACUGCGAAAACCUCCUUUUGGAACCUUUAUUUUUAAGAGUAAAGUUGAAUUUCAACAGUCAUAACGCUGAACAUUUUGCCGGUCCUCUUGUAAAGUUAACAUAUAAACAAUAUAAGUGUCAUAGUACUAGCAUCUGCAUGACAAAACAAAAAUAAAAGAAACGGAUAGGGGGGUUUUGCCUCAUGCCAGUCAUGCCACCAGCAAUGUAUCUAUAGGAAUCAAGGUCUGCUUCAAAGAAACAAUUUAUAGAUGGUAGUAUGAGGACACUUGAGUAAGUGAAGGCCCAGAUGUCAUUAAAGCAAAACGAUAGCUUUGCUUUGCACAGAAGUCUUGUAUGGUGAGGUUAAAAUAUUAAUCAUUAGCAUAAGGGCUAAUUAAUCUGUUGGAUGUAAAAAGCAGCAACUUUUGGUUAACAGUGUUUUUUCGAGUUUGGUGUGUUAUUGAAAAUUGAUUACAGUGUUAUUUUAUCCAAAACACCAUCCAUAGCAUUUUCUUUCUCCUAAUGAGAGAGAUCCGAAUAGGACAAAUCGAUAAUUUCUUUAAUUUCCUGUUAUUCAGAAAAGCAAAAUAACACACAGAGGGAAACAAAUGUAUUUUUCAAUUAAUGUAAUAUGCAUAAUUCUACAGAGAGGUGACUAAUCCAAACCAAACAAUGAGGAAUAAUGGACUCUUCAUGAAGAUUUUCUUUAUGCAUUCUAUCAGUGAUCUGUAAUAAAGGGCUAAGUCAGGUUUUUAAAUUAUGAAAUAUCAGAUGAACCCAAUUUGUAUGAGUUCAAUAAUUGCAAGUGCAAUCUCUGUUGUAUGUAAUUACCUGCUGUGAAGGUCUGUGCACAGAGUUUCUCUUGAUUCUAAUUGGAUCCUCUGAUUCUAUUUUAGGUUCUGAUAUUUAUCUCACAUAAUAGAAUGACCUUGUCCAUCUCAUCACAGAUAAAAGGAAUCAUUUAAAAGAACUUUUUAUCAAUUGAGCAGUGAUGUCACCGAGGCCUCUUGGCAUCAUUUACUUAAAAAUAUAAAACACUUUUCUGUAUGUUUCAUCAUCCAGUUUGUCAAAAAUAAAAGGCAAUACUGACUCUUCAAUACUGACUCUAAUUUCCCAGUUGUUUGCUCAUAUCUCAAAAAAGCUACCAAAUGCAUAUAGUGUUUGUAAAAGGCUUAAACGAGACUGCAUGGGGUGCUCUGACGGAUCAGCUGUGUCUGUUUGUCCAGAUCUACACUCUUUGACUCGUCUCAGUGUUGAAUUAUGUGCAGUGCUGCUGCUGCUGCCGCUUAUGGACUUUGUAAGGCAUUGGUUUUUAUGAUCCUAUAUAUGAAAAGGAAUAAAUGUACUGUACAGUUCAGGUUGA